GUUCGAUCAGUACGUCGGUACAUGUUCUCUCAGUAAGUCACCAGUUUGUCUUCACACAGAAGAUGCUGAAUUGUACGGCAAACGUAAGCAGCAGUGACAGCUCGCUGGAGGAGGUUGCCAACUCUUCCUGCCCGGAGGCUGUUGUUGUAGGAGUGAGCAAGACGCCAGCACCUCUGCCUGUACCAACAUCAUGGGACAACUACGUUCCACCGGCCAUCUUUGCCGUGAUUUUUCUUGUCGGGAUGUCUGGCAAUUCCCUGGUGAUAUACGUGGUGGCGUUUUUCCGUAAGAUGCGGACCGUGACCAACUAUUAUCUGUGUAACUUGGCCGUGACAGACAUGGCGUUUCUGUUGUGCUGUGUCCCCUUCACCGCUGCCCAGUACGCCAUGCCUUCCUGGGUGUUCGGAGAGCACAUGUGCAGAAUGGUCAACUACAUGAUGCAGGUGACGGUGCAGGCUACCUGUCUGACGCUAGCCGCGGUGAGUGUUGACCGGUACUGUGUCAUUGUUCACCCGGUGGCUUCCCUCAUCUUCCGUCGGAAACGCGUGGCCGUCGCCGGGAGCGUUAUUAUAUGGAUUGUAUCGUUUCUGAUGGCCCUGCCGGACCUGAUGCACUACCGCCUGGUGGAGUUAAACUGGGAACCGUACGGCUGGCAGACCAUCUGCCGCCCGGUCUGGCCGUCCAAGAGCUACGAGAGAGGCUACAUGAUCUACAGCGUCCUGUCUACAUACUUCAUCCCCUUCCUCAUCUGUCUCAUCUCCGGUGUUCCUAUCGUCUACCGGCUGUGGCAUCGCUUUGACAACGUUACCGUCCCGCCAAGUAACGUAGAGAAGACCAAGAAAAGCACGCUGAUGGUGAUUGGUGUGGUGGUGCUGUUCACCCUGUGCUGGCUACCCAACCACGUCAUCAACCUGUGGUGGCACAGCAGCUCCGACAAACGACUGACAGCCGCUGUCUACUACAGCAAGUUUGUCGGGGUUUGCCUGAGCUACGCCAACUCCGCCAUGAAUCCCUUCGUCUACGCCAUAGUUGGCGACAGCUUCCGAGACUGCAUCCGGCAGACGUUCUGCAGGACCAAGCGGCAGCGCCGCCUAGCAGCUGGGACCAGACGUGCAUGUCCAAAGAGAGCGUUUCCCGUCCAUUCCCGGGUGUCUACCCGUCAGCUAUCCCGUGUGUCGCGCACACGUUCCACGGGUUCAACAAUAGUGCAGCUUUACGUAACCGUAUCAAAUAGCACUGAAGUACAGAUGACUAAAAUCACUUCCCGUGAAGCUGAAUCUUCAGUGUAG